AUGCUACCACAAGAAACAUCCACCAGACUCACCCUGACGGCAAAAGGAAUGAAAUUCUUGGCUGAGCGAGGUAUUAUUCCAGACAUUCCGCGGGAGGAUAUUGAAGAUAAAAGCAAGGCGGAUGCACUAGCAAAGAUACUUUGUGCGCUGGGCAUGUACGCGAUGUGGUGGAAUAAGCCUCUCCUCGCCAAAGAACCUAUACUUGUCAAAUCAGAAGCCAUUACUGGGCUGUUACCGUUCAUGUAUAUGAGCAGCGAAGUUAGUGGUCGGGUAGAUCCAGAGCAGAUGCAAUCACAGACGAUUGUCAAGACACUAUUUGCGUACCUGAACCUUUACUCGAAAGUUCCUGAGAUAGAAUACGUGUGCUGUCGACAAACACGAGGGGAGAUCCCUGCCAGCACAGUACCAGCAAGCAACGGCUUAGACAGCUCGAAGAUGAUCGUGAGUCAGAUCAAGGGGCAAGACUGUCAAAGAAUUGGACCUGAGUGUCAAGAACUGCGGGCGUUCAGCAUGGGGCUAGAGAACACGACUGCAUUCUUUGAACGGCGACCCCGUGUUCGAAUCGCCACAGAAAAGUAUUUCGCAAGCAAUGAUACCGCCGACAUUCGAAUCGCUCGGCUGAGUGAGAUGUUGAAGAUCGAAGACCCGAUAACUCUGCAGAACUUUUCGCACAAAAUCGCAGUCAACACGACCUGCAUCCAUUUUAAGCCCGAACAGCUCCUUGUCAAGUACAGUCACAAUUGGCCGAGCGAUGAGCUCCUUCGAAGCGUGGAUGGAUUGGUAGUCGGCAUGGUCCUCUGGCUUGCCAAUUUCCUGUACGGAAGUCUCCACGCCGCAGCUUGGAACGAUCAUUUCCCAUCAAUGUUGGAAAAAUGGCUCUGGCGAUCGUCGGCCAUUUACAUUGCCUUUUGUGGUGGUCUCUGGGUGAUUCUCAACUAUAUGGUCAAAAGUUAUAAGCGAUUGAAUGAGUUCUGGGAAAAGUGGAUGGAUGGUGAGAAAUCGUGGCUGCAGAAUGUGACACUCGGCACGAUUGUCGUGAUAUGUGGAUUUAGCCUUAUGUUUGCUAGGGCAUAUAUCGUGGUCGAGGCGUUUCUGAGUAUUCGCCAAUUGCCAGCAUCCGCGUAUGAGACACCAUCGUGGAGUCAAAUCUUUCCUCAUUUCUGA